AUGGCUCCGGUUUUACACAAAUGCACUUUUUGUUUCAACUACUAUAAAUUAAGACCGGACGGGAAAUUACACCGGCACGGACGGAAAGAGAAGGGUCAAGAAUGCCCUGGGUCUAUGAAAGCGGUCGACCAACCAUCGGCCGGGUCUACAGGAACUUCGGGUUUGGCUCCCCGCGCUGCACCUGUCAACGAGGGUCGCGAAGCCGCACGUACAUCAGCUUCGGUCACGGAGGCUCCCAUGGGAACUGACCUUAACGCUUUUUUUGACAGACUGACGGCCGCCUUGAGAAAAACCCCGGUUAUUGAUCAUGUGCCGAAACCAUGUAGGGAAAAAGUAAUAAAAGAAUUGAUGUCCCUCAUGGCGGCAAUUUGUAAUGAACCUUGCGACCCAACUCACUGGUACAGGCUCCAUUGUUUCUUCCCAUAUAUCCUCAAAAAGCCUGCCAGAGGGGGUCGAAGAUUCAACCAGGGUAAUCAUGUUAACAAACGAUUGGCAGAUUACUCUACAUUGGAGGUUGAGUCUAUUGUGGCUGGCUUUGAAAUCGACAAUACAAUAAAGCCACGAAAAAACAAUCCAAACAGUUGGAUUCAAACCGCAAUCGCCCGCAUAGAACAGGGCAAUCUUUCGGCGGCUGUCAGGCUUGUUUGCUCCCUCGAGGGUCUGGCGGGGGACUCGCCUGAGACAUUGGUUAGACUCAACGCCAUCCACCCCAGGUCACCAUCGGACAGGAGAGUUUUUCCCCGCGCUGCACCUGUCAACGAGGGUCGCGAAGCCGCACGUACAUCAGCUUCGGUCACGGAGGCUCCCAUGGGAACUGACCUUAACGCUUUUUUUGACAGACUGACGGCCGCCUUGAGAAAAACCCCGGUUAUUGAUCAUGUGCCGAAACCAUGUAGGGAAAAAGUAAUAAAAGAAUUGAUGUCCCUCAUGGCGGCAAUUUGUAAUGAACCUUGCGACCCAACUCACUGGUACAGGCUCCAUUGUUUUUUCCCAUAUAUCCUCAAAAAGCCUGCCAGAGGGGGUCGAAGAUUCAACCAGGGUAAUCAUGUUAACAAACGAUUGGCAGAUUACUCUACAUUGGAGGUUGAGUCUAUUGCGGCUGGCUUUGAAAUCGACAAUACAAUAAAGCCACGAAAAAACAAUCCAAACAGUUGGAUUCAAACCGCAAUCGCCCGCAUAGAACAGGGCAAUCUUUCGGCGGCUGUCAGGCUUGUUUGCUCCCCCGAGGGUCUGGCGGGGGACUCGCCUGAGACAUUGGUUAGACUCAACGCCAUCCACCCCAGGUCACCAUCGGACAGGAGAGUCUUUCCUGCACCGGAAACCGUAAAUGGUUGCGUUUCACCCACCCAGGUGUUGUCAGCCCUGAAGUCAUUUAGGAAUGGUUCGUCUGGAGGCCUUGACUGCCUAAGGCCCCAGCACAUUAAAGAUUUAAUUUCAGGCCCACUGCCCAUUGACGAGUUUGUAAGCUCCCUAACACAGUUUAUAAAUAUAAUUUUAUCUGGCGCGUGCCCAUCCGUCGCCAGCCGUUUCUUUUUCGGGGAGCUGAAAUUCGCCCUCGACCGAGUGUCUCAUCUUCCGGUCCACGACGCGCUGACCAUCGUCCGCAACGCCCUUAGUUUGCCUAGAUUGAUGUACUUCCUUCGUACAUCCUUCUCGGUUGAUGCAUCUAUUUUGGGCGGAUUCGAUGGCGCCCUGAGGUCAGCUUUGUCAGCCCUAUGCAAUGCUUCAAUACCCGUUCUUAAAGAGCCCUCGGGAAUUUCCGCGUUGGAUGGAAAACGUCCGGAUGGCUGCACGUUGAUUCCUUGGAGAGCCGGUAGAUGCCUGGCGUGGGACGUAACCGUUCCGGGCACAUUAGCGGAACGGUACGUGCACUUAACCAGCAAAGAAAGUGGUUUGGCCGCAACCAGGGCAUCGGAUGAAAAGUUUAAAAAAUAUGAAGGUGCCCUGCCCUCGAUGGAUUUUUUACCUGUUUGCAUCGAGGUUCUUGGCCCGAUGGACAACAACACUUCAAUAUUUUUUAAAAAGAUUUGCAAAAUGAUAAGUGGCAGGUCCGGCGACAGCAGAGAGCUAUUUUUCGCCAUGAAUCAUAUAUCUUGUUUGCUGCAAAGAAAUAAUAUAUGCUCCAUCCAGGCUCUAUUGGCUGACAACUAUUUAACGAGAACAGUUGCCCAUUCGCAGAUUGGCUGCGCUAUCAACGUAUCAACAUCCAUCGUAACAAAAGAAACAAGAAGAAGGAAAGAGAAAAAAUUGAACAGGCAUCAAAUUUAUAAAUUCAAGGUGUGA